AGACGAAAAUUUUAGUCGGUCAAGAUGAGUAGGAGAGCACUUUUUUGGGUCUAAAUCAAUCAACGGAGCCCAGAUUUCCACGUUGUUUUUCGUUUUGUGUUGAAAAUUUGACAUCGAACUUUUUCACUUUUUCAUAUCUAGUCUCGGUUCUUGUUCUUUGACGAGAAAACGACGACGACGAAGACAACGGCAAAAACAGAACAGGGCAAGAAAAAACAGCGAACAAUGCCAAAGAUACGACGCUUUUCUCGUUCCCGGCAAAACGGUCGGCCAGAGGACGGCGGCGUGGACGACAUUUUCGCCGAUCCGAGCCAACCACUGCCCGAUGCCCCGAUCGACCGGCGCUACCGCCGCAAUCAGCUGUACAAGCGAGGCCCGAACAACCAGGACCAGGAGCGAUCCUCUGCUACGAGACAGGGUACGGAAUCGACGAAAGGGCCACCCAGAAAGGGAGAUCGCAACCAAUCCCAGCGCCGGAAACACCUCGGACGAAAUCAGCACCGGCGCAAUGCUAACGGCAAUUCCAGUGCAAACCAUCUCCACCAGCCAACCGGAGAAAAUGUCACUGAUCGGAAGAACCCCCUUUAUCAGCCAGCAAUUGACGGCGACGGCCGCUCCGAUCCUUUGCAGCGGAAACAACCACAACCGCAUCCGAACCGGAAGAAGCAGCCAUCGAACCGAAUGCCACGCCGCAAAGCCCAGAGCCGGCAGAACCAGCAACCCACUGUCACAACCGACCGCGGCGAAAACGAUGACCACGCCAAGACCCUGCUUUGGGACAGCCCUCUUCCCUGCAUUCCGCUGUGGCAGGAAGAAAAAAUGAUUGAGUUCAUGUUCCAGCGGAACGGGAAAAAGGAGCGGGGAAUGAUGAAGGACAAACCCAAUUUUCUCGUCACCAAGUAUAAAAAGGCUGUACGGAACCUCGCCCCCUCCAAGGACGAACGGAUGAGCCUUCCGCAGGUACUGUCCCUCCGGCGGCACCACAUCAAGCUCUUGAAUCCCCCCAAAUCCAUGCCGCAGCUCGGCCUCGGAACCUACGACGUCAUCCGGGAGUCGGCACGCAUCUUCGAGGUCGUCAUCGAAGAAUUCCUGAAGCGAUCUUCGGUCGACUACCUGACGGAAGACGACCAAAAACGCAAGGCGAGAGCGGAAGGGGCCAGCCUCGCUGUAACACCGGAUUUUCUCCUGCGAACACCGGUGUUACUGCGGAAGAUACGGAGGGAGAAGCCCAGGGGCAAGCAAAUCGUGUUGCCGGGAGAACGAACGAUUCACUGGAUCGAGGCCAAGAUGUACUACGGGGCCUCGAGCAUUCCCCACGGAAGCACUGGUGCGGUCGGAUCGGUCCUAGCCCAGGCCCGAAAGUACGUCGACCGCCUGGGGGAGGGGGCCUUUCUCUUCAUGAUGGGGUGUGGGGAGCGGCUGGCGGCGGACUUGAACGACGUUGGGGUGUCGGUUCUGGAUUGUUUCGGCAACACGGUGUCCCUCGAACGGGUCCAUGAGCACCAGCGGACCUGGUGCGCCAACGGGGAGGGAGUUAUCUUGCCGUGACCAGUGCGUGCCAGAAGGAGAAGAGGGGGCAAGAAGGCAGGAGCAUAUAAUGAUUGUUUCAGGCCACACGUCGCUGGAACACAACAAAUCUAUGCUUUCCAAUAAAUCAUUUCCCUCUCAUCUUCCUCGACUUUGGUGGCUUGAACCAUUUCGAAGGAAGCCACCGGCUCUUAUGGGUCUGUGUAUCGUGUUCCGAGUUUUCGAACGAAACGGCCAGUAGCACCAGAAACCGAACCCUGCUGUCAUCGCAGUGCGCGGGGGACACACAACGCAACGCAGCAGCCUACCGCUCUUGUAGCGUAUUCCACCCGCAGCAGAUCUACCGAAGUCGAAGCAACAACCGAAUUGCUGCUUCUACAACCUUGGUUGAAGUUUCCGGUGGAUGGCUCGACGUACUGCUAAUGUCGCCGUACCGUCCCUCCAUUUACUGGCUACAUAAUGAACUGUAAUUGCAUCCGUUUUCGAAUAACAUUAUAAUGGCACU